ACCACUCGUACCAGUAAACGUGUGGGCAUACCGGUACUACCAGUAGUAAGGCAUCUACAGUACGUACAAGUAUGGCAGCGCAUCUACAUUGUUCAUCUACAUUAUCGCUCACAACUACAGCUAUCUAGCUUUUUAUAAAUAGUAUUACGAACAAUUUCACAAGCACAAACUCGCAUCACCAUGGAUCCCCCAGGAGAAUCGUAUCAAGCCGCGAGCGCUGAAUUUACUAUCCGUGCGGAACAAGACCAAGAGAAUUCCGGCGCCCACACACCAACCAACGACAGUAAGGCGACGGGGCCCUUUUGCAAGAAAUCCCCUAACGUUGAUACGGACGACUUUGAGGGUUUCGCCAACGCGGGUAAGACUACCCGGGCGGACAGUGGACUCGACGUGGACGAGCUAGCGGCGGCAGUGGAUCUAGACGUGGAUGAGUUGGCGGAUCUCAUUGCAGCCACCACGAAUUCUAUUAAGGAAAGCAGAACAACAGACAACAACCAAACAACAGACAACAACCAAAGCAGCCCUGCGACACCACAAGCACAAGCAGAAAAUCAUGGCAAGCUGGCAAGGAUUCAUCUGACGUUGGGCAGACCAAAUGAUGCUCUGGUGGAAUACAAACGACAACUGGAAAUUGAAGAAGCGGAACUAGGAACCAACCACGCUGAUGUUGCAAGAACCUACUGCAACAUUGGAACAUGCUUCAAGGAAAAAGGAGAUAGAAAAUCUGCUUUGGAUAUGUUCACAAAGGGCUUGGAGAUCAGGCAGCAAGUCGGAGCGUAUCACACAGAGACAGCAACAACUCACGAACAUAUUGGUCGUUGUUGGAUGGAAAUGGGCAAUUACCAAACUGCCAUGGAAGAACUAUGGAAAGCAUAUUCCAUCAGAAAAACACUCCUUACCCAAGACCACCCGGACACCAAGGAAUCUCUAUCGGAUCUUGGAGUUGUUGCGGAUAAAUUGAAGAAAACGGCACCUGCCUUCUUCCUGGAAAGGCAAGAUAUUCGCAAACUAUUAGGACAAAUUGAGGCAGCUCAACUUCGAGGCGGAGUCUCCAAAGGCGACCAGGACAGCAGCAGAGCUGGUGGUGGUGGUGAACCUGCUAAACCGUUUUCUCUUGGUGGCACCGGCGGCAGCACUAUCGUUGCUCCUUCACCCGCUCGACCCGCUGCAGUAUCCCGCUCGAUCCGCUCGAUUUCGCAAUACUGAACUGCAAUUAAUUGCCAAGCACACAGGAAUGUUGUCCAUUAUUCAGAAUCAAUCCAAUUAAUUAAUUAGUUGUUCAUUUAGUUUCU